AUGUGUUCUGAUUCUACUAGAGAUAGAAAUCUUGGCUCUGAAUUCAUUAUGUUGGAUGUACAGAAAGCCGAUGAAGAAAAAUCUAACCAGGAUUCAUCUUCGAUACAAUCCAAAUCAGAAAGUAAAUCAACAAUAAAUGAUUUAAUCAAAUUACUAAAAGCACUUCAAAACAUUAAACUUGACAUGUCAUUAAUUAAAACAAAGCUUAAGGUUUCUUCAAGGAAUAAAAAUAACUCAAUUGAUCAUAUUAUUUGUCAAAAUUGUCAAGUUAGAAAUGAUUCAUUACUAGACAUCCUUGCUGGUCUAAUUUUGCUAGUUUUAAUGAAUAUUGUCUUAUUAUUUCUUCAAAAGGUAGUUGUCGAAUAUAUUUUUAAAAACAAUUCAAAACUACCAAUUGAUUCUAAAAUUAAUAUUGAGGAAGAUCAAAUCAAAAUGACAAUAUCCAAACUCCAAGAAGAAAUUCUUAACAUAAGUAAUGAUCUUGAUAUGGUUAAAGAUGAACUUAAUAGUCAUGAUAAUCCUAUUAUUAACUAUAGUGCUUUUAUUCCAAGAUUUUGGGAUCCAUGGAACUUAAUUGCAUUAAUGGCAUUAAUAAUAGCAUUGUUCUUCUUAUAUCCUACAGCUUUAUUCAACCGUAUUAUUGUAUUAGAAAUUAUUCUGGAAUUGCAUCCUAAUGAAGUGUCCAAACUUUAUUACAUUAAUUUCUCAUUAUCACCUAAAUCAACUAAAUUGGUUUAUUUUAUAUCUAUCUUAUAUAGAUCCAAUGAUUUGUAA